CGAAUCUUUACAAAAAUAGUGAAAAAAUAAUUUGAUUAAACGUCCACCUUGACAAGCGAACUUGGAGUCGGAUCUCUUUAUCAGGUAACGCUGCGUAAUAAAAUAAAACUAAUUGUUUUGUUAGAUAAUUUACAUUUAACACACUUAUAUCCAUUGUUUAAAGCAGAUAAGCGGAUCUUCACCCUUAAAUUAUCCUCACGAAAAUAUUCAAACCAUAACAUAAGUUCUGGUUGAUACAUUGUGCGGGCAUAAAGGAUUUUAUUGGAUCAUUUAAAAGUAACUUACCAAAAAUUGCAGUGCGGCUGUUGCUGGGCGCGAACAGUAGAAGUGACUUUAAAACGGUCUCCAUAAGUGUAGUCGCAAACUGCAAAGCUGAGUGGUGUAAUUCAAUUUUAAUCAUGCCAACUGACGUAAAAGCUUUUGUAAAAGAUUUCCUGGCCGGUGGCGUUUCCGCGGCAAUUGCCAAAACGGCUGUGGCCCCUAUAGAGCGCGUAAAACUUCUUUUACAAGUACAGGAAGCCAGUAAGCAAAUUGAUCCCGCCCAACGUUACAAAGGUAUGAUUGACUGCUUCAUUCGAAUUCCUAGAGAGCAAGGAGUAUUGAGUUAUUGGCGCGGCAAUUUUGCAAACGUUCUCAGAUAUUUUCCAACACAGGCAUUGAAUUUUGCAUUCAAAGAUGUCUAUAAAAAAAUCUUUUUGGGCGGCGUUGAUAAAAAAGAACAGUUUUGGAGAUAUUUUGGUGGAAAUUUGGCAUCAGGUGGUGCAGCAGGUGCCACAUCUCUUUGUUUUGUUUAUCCCUUGGAUUAUGCUAGAACUCGUUUGGGAGCUGACAUCGGAAAAGGCAUGACUGAAAGGCAAUACUUAGGUCUGGUUGAUUGUGUGGUCAAAACUUUCAAAUCAGAUGGAGCUCUUGGUUUAUAUAGAGGAUUCAUUGUUUCUGUUCAGGGGAUUAUAAUAUACAGAGCUGCUUAUUUUGGUUGUUAUGAUACAAUCAAAGGUAUGAUGCCUGACCCAAAAAAGACUCCAGUGCUUAUUUCCUUUAUCAUUGCACAGACAGUAACAACUAUCUCUGGAUUGGCUUGCUAUCCAUUUGAUACUGUGAGAAGGCGCAUGAUGAUGCAAUCAGGGCUGGGAAAACAAAUGAUUUAUAAAAAUACAGCCGAUUGUUGGGCCAAAAUUUUAAAAGAGGAAGGGGCUGCUGCCUUUUUUAAAGGAGGUUUAUCCAAUGUCUUCCGAGGUAUUGGUGGUGCUCUGGUGCUCGUUUUCUAUGAUGAAAUUAAAGCAAUUAUAUAAAUUAUUUUAGUUAUCAAAGAGUCAACUUGUUUAAUAAUACACAUUACUUAUCCUUAAAACUUUAAAACUGUUGAAUUUUGCAAUAAAAUGUG